AACUAGGGCUCCUGCUCCUGCGUCUUCCCUUCCCCGUCGCCUAUAAACUCAUCCUCGCCCUCAAAUUCUCCUUCAAUCCCUUUCAGAUCCGCUCGCUCUUCAAUUCGAACCCUAAUUCAUGGCUGCUUCGCAGCCCUUUGACGGUGGCUACCGCCUCAGAUCCGCCUCCAAUUCCGCCGCCGCAGGCCCCUCCUAUUCGAGAUUCGCUUUCUCCUAUGCCAUAUUCCACCCUGCUGCUCCACAGAACACCUUCACGAAUCUCUCCUUUUCCACAAAUCAACGGGAUCAUGCGUUAUCCGACUUUUAUGCUGCCUCGGGUGGUCCGCCCCCGACGAAGAAAAGGAGGUUCUUGCCCGACCGACCUGCGUGGGACUCCGGCGCCAACGGCGGUACGGUGUCGUCUAGUUGUCGGUCCGUCAUGCGCCCCCCGAGGCCAGAAGACGAAAACGCGCGACGCCGUGACCUGAACGAGGCGCAGCCACACGAACAGCGGGAACCCAUACGUUCGGAAGCCGAGGGCGCACCAUUUGUUACGAGGAGCGAGAUCGAGAUGUGCUCUCCUUCGAGGAAGGAUGGCAUUGAUUGCCUGCUUGAAACGGAGUUGCGGUUCUCCUACUGCUCGUACCUCCAGCAUCUCGGGCUCAGGCUUGACCUGCCACAAACUACGAUUGGGGCAGCAAUGGUCCUUUGCCACCGUUUCUUUUUUCGGAGAUCUCAUGCCUGCAAUGAUAGAUUUUUGAUUGCGACUGCUGCUCUGUUCCUGGCGACUAAGUCUGAAGAUACACCAUGCUUAUUGAAUUCAGUGCUCAGGGUAUCAUGUGAAGUUUCAGAACUCCUCGGAAUUCCUUAUUAUCCGUAUCUACAUCAUAAUAAAGAAUGGUUUGAACAGUACCGUGAACGGGUUAUUGAAACUGAACAAAAGAUACUGACUACUCUGGAUUUUGAACUUCAAGUGGAGCAUCCUUUUGUUCCUUUGGCAUCAGUUCUGGGGAAACUUGGACUCUCACAAUCUGUGCUUCAUAGUCUAGCUUGGAGUAUGGUCAGUAAAGGGCUUAAUAAAUCUAGCUUCCUGGGUAGUGGAUGUUGCUUUAUAAAAUUAGUGUUCUAGCUUCCUGGCCUUUACAAUAAUGAAAGGUUGUUUGCAGUGUCUUUACUUCUGAAAAUGUUGUUUCUUCUAGUAAAGGUACAUUUUUAUACAGGUGAAAUAAUCCAUAUCCUAGUUCCGAGAUGUCUUUAAUUUUCUAGUUCAGGUAUAGCAUGGUCAUCUCCAGGUGUGUUCAGGAUUGAGGGUGGUUGCUAAUUGAAGUUCUCUAUAGAUGUCUUGGUUGGCUUUCAACAAUUGCAUGGUGAUCUCCAGUUAAUUUUUGAAGUGACAUCUCGCCUGCAUACAUUAGUCUGGUCCUUUUUACAAACUUAAGGACUGUCUGAUAAGUUAAGUUACAGACUAAUUGUUUUAUCCAAAAGAGGUAAACCAUUCCAUUCAGUGUACUCAUGUUUCUUGGGCAUUUAUUAACUAUCCAAAAGGAGCAUAUGCACCUAUAUUUUUGCAUAAUGCAGGAUAUCUGAUUAGAUCAUCUUUGAUAUACACUGUAAGCAGAAGCUUCAAGCAUCAAGGAGAGAAUUGUUCUCUUCUUUGUUUCCCAAAUUUAUACUACUUUCCUGAUUGAAUAAUGGAUUAUGGGAGGGGAAUAUUGGAGUAUUCCUGGUUUCGGGAAUUGAUGUAUGGUUGGUUCCCAAAGACAUGCUAUAGUUUAGCACUAAAACAGAAUUUCAACUGAAGAUUCUCAGACUGUAUGUAUCAGAUGGACUGCUGCUUUGAUUUUGGUAAGGAGUCUUUGUAUGUAGGAUUGUAUGUUUUUGCUCUAGUCCUGAUUUGCUUGUAUCUUUCUAUUUGCCAACAAAUCUGAUAUGUUUAUUUUAAUUCACCGAGCACCUCAUGUAGCGUUGCCACUUUUCUGCUUGCGACAAAAUGGUUUGGCUGAUGGCUUUUCCUAGUUUUCAUUCUAUGAUGCUUUGAUUACACCAGCUUAACUAUCAAAUAUACAGCUCACUGACUGUUUUUUGAUCUGCAGUUAUAGAACUUCACUUUGCCUUCAGUUUAAAUCUCGUCAUAUCGCUGCUGGAGCUGCAUUUCUUGCUGCCAGGACCCUAAAUUUUGAGACAGCAUUACAUCCAAACAUUUUGCACCAGUUUCAUACGACACCAUCUAUCC